GACCAGCACUUCGGAAUCAAGAUGGCCGCCCGCAGUGCUUUACUCUCCGCGUCCAAAAUAAUAAAUCCUUUUUUGGUUGGACGCCCUGGAAGCACUGUUAAAGUAUUUGGAACAACUCUGACCAGUCACCGGAAUAAGACCUUGCUUACUGGAGAAAACAUUCCCCCUCCUGCAAAGUAUGGAGGCAGACACACUGUGACCCUUAUACCUGGUGAUGGAAUCGGUCCAGAGCUUCUCAGUCAUGUCCGAGAGGUUUUCAGAUUCAGCUGUGUGCCAGUUGACUUUGAGGUGGUGAAUGUCAACUCUGCUUUGGAGACUGAGAAUGAUAUAAAUAAUGCCAUCACUGCCAUCCGGCGUAAUGGAGUUGCUCUUAAGGGUAACAUAGAAACCAAACAUACCAUGCCACCGUCUGUCAAAUCCGGAAACAAUCUGCUGCGCACAGGUUUAGACCUGUACGCCAACGUGAUGCACUGUCAGUCCCUCCCCGGGGUCCAGACUCGCCACAAGAACAUUGACAUCAUGAUCAUCAGGGAGAACACAGAAGGAGAGUACAGCAGUCUGGAGCAUGAGAGUGUAUCCGGGGUAGUGGAGAGUCUAAAGAUUAUCACCAGGAAUAAUUCUCUCAGGAUUGCUGAUUAUGCCUUUAAACUGGCUAGGGAGAGAGGUCGCCGCAGGGUCACUGCCGUACACAAGGCUAACAUCAUGAAGCUCGGUGAUGGCUUAUUCCUGCAGUGUUGCAAAGAAGUAGCCUCUGGUUAUCCGGACAUCACGUUCGACAGCAUGAUUGUGGACAAUACCACUAUGCAGCUGGUGUCCAAACCACAGCAGUUUGAUGUGAUGGUCAUGCCUAAUCUGUACGGGAAUGUGGUAAGCAACGUGUGUGCAGGCCUGGUGGGAGGACCUGGCCUCGUGCCUGGGGCUAAUUAUGGUCGUGACUAUGCUGUCUUUGAAACGGCCACAAGGAACACAGGAAAAAGUAUUGCAGACAAAAACAUUGCAAACCCAACUGCCAUGCUGUUAGCUAGCUGCCUGAUGCUGGACCACCUUAAGCUUAAUGGUUAUGCGAGUUUGAUCCGGAAUGCAGUCCUCACCACAAUGAAUGAAACCAGGUUGCACACAGCAGAUCUCGGUGGUCAGGGAACCACAUCAGAGGUGGUCCAGUCCGUCAUGAGGGUCAUCCAGAGUAAAGGACAGCUCACAGCUGAGCUCUAAGCAUCACUGGGAAGGUUCAAGUACCCACACUCAUCAGGUGGUGUGAGUUUAAACAGGUGUCCGUGCUGAGAGAAGAUCUCCAUGUUUCUCUGUUUCCAUAGCAUCUUGUUUCACACAGCUUACUUUCCUGUUCAUGAUACAAAUGACCUUUUAUGUUCACCUGCAGGUUUCACAUGGAUUAAUGACCUGUUUAAAAACAGUUUUCUUUUGAUAAAAUUCCAUUAUCACUCCUUGUGGCUGAUCCUGUUGCAAGUAUCGGUUUUACUGCUGGAGUUCUCAAGGUUAAUUCAGCUGAAAAUCGGUUUGCUUAGAGAUUUUUAUCAAAUAUGAAAGGGCCUCUUUUUACAGUGUGUCUACCACUAAUAUAUUGAUCAUGGAUAUUUUAAAUAUGCAAGUAUAGGCAUUCAUUUUCUACUAUACAUUCUGCAGUCAGGAUUAUUUAUUUGUCGGUUUUUUAUCAUGUCACAGCCUUUAAAUCAACCAAAAUGUGCUUAAUGAUUUUUCUAUACUGUAACUUUGAAUGCUAAGUGCCCAUUAUGUACUGUUACAUCCUUUAUGUUCAUAUCACAGCAACUAUACUUCAAAAAUGUGAUACACUAUAAAGGUAAUAGCUGUAGCUCAUCAGAGGAGGUGUACAUCAUGUUACUGCUACCAAACAUGAAAUGUAUAGCAUGUGCCAUAAUUUUUUUGUGUGUGUGUGUGUGUCUAACCAUGGAUUAUCUCACAAUAUUAUUCACACUGCAAGAAUGGUUUCAUCGUGUUUGCAUGUGGGUGGGCAUAACAUAUGUUAUCAAUAAAGAAACAAUGUGUCUUAA